AUGGAUGCAUCGAUCUUCUUUUCUCGGUUAAAUGCAUGGGGCAUGCGUAUUAUCACCGUUCAAACUCCAGUACAAAACUGCCCACCCUUGUCAUGGGAUCAAGAACACAAUUACACUCGUGAAGCUGUUGAAUUAUACUAUGAAGUAGGCUCUGGUGUUGUUCACUUGGUUGGAGGCAUAGCAGGCUUGUGGGGUGCUCUUAUUGAAGGCCCACGCAUAGGCCGGUUCGAUCAUGAAGGUAGGUCUGUGGCUUUGCGUGGACAUAGCGGCACAUUGGUUGUUUUGGGGACAUUUCUGCAUUGGUUUGGUUGGUAUGGCUUCAAUGCAGGCUCAUUCCUCAACAUUCUCAAGGCCUAUGGGGAGAGCGGAUCCUAUUAUGGACAAUGGAGUUUAAUAGGAAGAACUGCAGUGACAACCACAAUGGCUGGAUGCUCAGCAGCACUGACUACUCUCUUCGGGAAGCGCUUGCUCUCCGGUCAUUGGAACCUCACCGACGUUUGCAAUGGCUUGCUUGGUGGGUUUGCAGCAAUCACCUCUGGUUGUUCAGUUUUCGAUCCUUGGGCUGCAAUCAUUUGUGGGUUUGUGGCAGCUUGGGUUUUGAUGGGAUGCAACAAGCUUGCUGAGAAGUUGAAGUAUGAUGAUCCAUUGGAAGCAGCACAGCUUCAUGGAGGGUGUGGCUCAGGGGGAAUUAUAUUCACUGCAUUGUUUGCCAAAAAGGCUUAUGUGGGUGAAGUCUAUUCAGGGCAACCAAACAGGCCAUAUGGGCUUUUGAUGGGAGGAGUUGGAAAGCUCUUGGCUGCACAUUUGGUUCAGAUUGUGGUGAUUGUAGGGUUUGUGAGGUUGACAAUGGGAACAUUGUUUUUCUUGCUGCACAAGUUGAAGCUCUUGAGGAUUUCAUCAGAGAAGGAGAUGGCAGGAAUGGAUGUGACCAGUCAUGGUGGAUUGGCUUAUGUAUAUACCGACGAAUGCAACGAUCCGGCAAUGCUCAAACCUGGAUUCGUGGUCUCAAGGACAGGCCCUCCUUCAUCAGCUGUUUGA